AUGUGCUGGUUAAAAUCGGAGGGUGGUUUGGGUUUGAAGAGUCUUGGUUGUUGGAAUAAGGUGUGCUGCUUCUUGUUGAUAAGGAACAUCCUAGCUAAUGCAGGGUCACUUUGGGUGGCCUGGAUCAAAGAAUAUGCUCUGAAGGAGACUGCUUAUUGGGAAGUCAGUCCUAAACCUCAAUUUAACUCGAUUUUGAGAAAACUGCUUAAACUUAGGAAUGAAGCUGCUGUCUUAUUUGGUAGUAUAGUGGACUGGAAUAUGGUCAAAAGUAAGUGGGUGUGGGAGAAGUUAAGAGACAAGAGGGAAAAGGUCAGAUGGGAACACCUUAUUUGGUUCCCCUUACAUGUCCCAAGAAUGUCAAUUGUUGCUUGGAUGGCUGUUUUGAAUAGGCUCCCUACUAAGGACAGACUCAACAAUAUGGGAAUGAAGUUGGAUGGAGGUUGUGUUCCUUGCAAUGCUGGGCUUAAAGACAUAGACCAUCUUUUCAAUGACUGUGUUUUUACUAGGGGAAUUUGGAGCAAGGUGCUGCAGACUUAUAGAAUCCCCUACAGGGAAUUGUGUUGGAGUGAUUCUUUGGCUUGGGCAGUAGCUAACUUCAGGGGUAAAUCCUUGUUGAUUUGUAUUUUGAAAUUGGCUUGGAUUUGCCUUUUAUACUUUGUGUGGGAAGAACGCAAUCUCAGGUGUUUCAGAGGCUGCUCUAGGACAGAUGAUGAUAUCUUUGAAAGUAUUAAGAGAUCGGUUGGGGCUAGGUUACAAGGAUACAACAUAAACAAGGUUGACAGUGUUAAUCUUCAGCUCUGCCUGGAAUGGAGCAUUGGCUAG